AUGGCUUCUGAUUUUGUGCCUCCUACUACUGUUAAUGGUGGAAAUCAAGAAGUUAUCGAUAAUGAUGCUGCUACAAUCGAUGCUACAAUCGAAGGGCCUUCUGAAAAUGAACCACUUCAAAAAAAAUACAGGAGGAAGACCUCGAAAUUUUGGGAUGAUUUGGAGACAGUAUAUGAAAAUGGAACAAGAAAGGCAAAGUGCAACCAUUGUAAAACAAGUCUUUCUUUGGGUCGAGGGGCUCCCACAACACAUCUGAAAAGGCACUUAGAAACUUGUCCAAUUCAUCAAGCUUCUAUUUCUUGCCAAAAGAAAGGACCCACUCAACAAUUAUUGGCUCUCUCCUCAAUUGCUUCCGAUGGGUCUGUAACUGUAAGUGGUGGGUUGGCAGCUUAUAAGUUUGACAAGGAGAAGGUUGUUGAAGAGAAUGAGUUUAUGAAUGAAGAUAGCCUUGAGGAAAACAGCUUUUGA